AUGAGGGUUGACACUGCAACUAUGGAGGACCUGUUUCCUCCAAGAAAACCAGGAUACAGAGCACUAAAUAGAGAGGUUACUCAAGAAGAUCGAGACCAGUUAUGUAGUGAACUGGAGAAGCUUGGAAGAUUUACUGCUUUGCAUUGGAUACUCUCACCAGAGCCAAAGAAAGAAGAUCCAUGCGUUGUUCCUGUUGAGGAUGUUAUUAUGAGUGCAGGAUAUAUCCAAGCGUUGUGUAAGAGGACAUUUCUGGCUAAGACCCUUCUCCUUUCACCAGAGAAAGUGAAGACCAUAGCAUCGGCUACCUCAGGCCAGCGAAGCAAUCCUAUGUGGUCUAUCGUACGUAGACACAGGAUUACUUCAUCAAACUUUGGAUUCAUUUUGAGAGCUAUCCAAAGAAACAGGUACGUAAUGUUUUGUUACUUUGUUGAUUUUAUUCAUAUUGUGUGA